ACAAUUCAUAAGCACCUCCCUUGCACGCAGACUGCAGUUGGUCAACACUGGAUUACAAGGUUUGCUACACAAAGUAGACUUCCCAACAGAGCGAGUUGCAAUGCGUGAUCUAUCAACAUUUUCGCCAGUGAUUCUGGCAACGUUGACACCAUACAAGGGCCAUGUCGAAGAUGUUAAGCGCGAGUUCGCGUCUUUGGCUCAGCAUGUCUGGGAUAAUGAGGAGACAACCAGAUGCUACUAUUGGCUGUAUCCGGAAGGUCACCCGGAUACAAUGCACGUCUUUGAAAUCUAUGAUGGCGAAAAGGGAAUUGAUGUCCACGCCUGUGGCGAGUUGACGUUUGAUACCUUUCGCAGGACUUACGAAUAUGGCAUUCGGGUAGACUUGGAGGGGUUGCGGCGCCGAAGAGAUGGGUUACCGCCCAUUCCCACGAACCCGGACGUUGAAGAACGAGGCCUCGUCUGCGAAUAUAUGGAACCUGUCGCGGAAGUCAAGUCUUUCAUGGGAUCUCCUCAACUCGAUGGAAAGCAAGUCACUCGUAUUACCUCUUUCCAAACAGUUGACACCAAUGUCAAGGAACUCACUCAAACUCUUGUCGACUUUGCAAGCCUAGCGAAAGAAACAGGAAAGAUUGAAACAUUUUGGGUCCUUCGAGACACGAACAUUCCGAGAAAUUAUAAAAUCGUAACGAGAUUCCUCUCCAAGGCUCAAGCGGAAGAGUUUGACAAGAUUGAAGAGGUUCGGAAAUUCAACAACGCGCUACAAGCGCUCACCGAAUCGUCGAAAGAGGUCCAAUGCAAAUGGGCGAAUCAAGGCUUCUUCUUGAAAGAAUAAUCAACCGUUUGACAAAUAUUUGAUAUGAGGAAUUCCAGUUCAACGAUAGGAGUUUUUACGUGAAAAUUCUCUGUGCGCUCUAGUUAAAUUAACAGCAAUUGCACUGGUAUUGCACCAAUUCAGAGUUGAAAAACUU